GGCAACUGCAUUGGCCGGGGUCAAUUCGGUUCCGUCUAUCGAUCGUUAAACCUCACCACGGGCCAAAUGGCGGCUAUUAAGCGGAUCAAUCUCAGUGGCCUGCAAGAGUCGGAGGUAGAAGGUGUGAUGCAUGAGGUUGAGCUCCUCAAACGUCUUGAUCAUCCUUGUAUCGUCAAAUACGAAGGCAUGUUGAGGGAUGAAGAGUAUCUCAAUAUCAUCCUGGAAUAUGUUGAAAAUGGAAGUCUUGGCCAAACCCUCAAGGCUUUUGGCAAUUUCAACGAGGAGCUCGUCUCAUCAUACGUUGCCAAGAUAUUGGAAGGACUGGCGUAUCUCCAUUCACAAGGGGUGGUGCAUUGUGAUCUCAAAGCUGCCAACAUCCUCUCUACUAAGAAUGGCAACGUCAAGCUGUCCGACUUUGGAGUGUCUCUGGUAACUCGUGCCGUUGCCAACAUCAAACACGAGGCUUUCUCCAUGCAUGUCGCUGGGACGCCCAAUUGGAUGGCACCGGAAGUCAUAUCUCUCAAUGGAGCUUCUCCACCGUCUGAUAUUUGGUCGCUAGGAUGUACGAUCAUCGAGCUGCUCACCGGCCGGCCCCCUUACUCCGAUAUUCCCAACAGCAUGACAGUCUUGUUCCGCAUCGUCGAGGAUGACUUUCCACCACUUCCCUCUGAUAUCUCGGACAAUUUGAGAGACUUCCUGCAGCUAUGCUUUAUCAAGGAUCCAUCAGCUCGACCAUCAGCUACGCAGCUUUUCCUUCAUCCUUGGGUGAUGCGACCCGAUCUAGUUGUGAGCCUCACUCGCCUGAUUCGAGGCACUUCUGACGACAUCUAG